UCGCUGCCAUCGAUUGUCGGCGAAGAACGGUCUCGGGUUUGAAUGCGCGGCCGCGUGAGGCUGAGGCGACGCGAAGUGGCCUCGGGAUUUUCCUUUCCCGCCCUUUUUUUUUCCGUCACAAUUCACCUUAAUUAUUAGAGGUUGUAUUCUGUAGAACGUCUUUUUUGACAUCGUACGUCGCCAGCCGUGCUAAUCGGGUGUGCGGGUAAAGUUUCACCGCCUGAGUGUGGGCGCGCGUGGUGUGACGGGCGAUGUCUCAGAAACGGAAGUCGAGCAGCGACCGUCAGGGAGAUGGGGCCAGAAAGGUCCGCCGUGUGCUGGAGGAAGACGCCGAUGAAGACGACGUCGAGCGGGUGGUCAGCCACGGAAAGUCAGCCGUGCCGCGUGGACCCUCUUCCCACAUUGAGACGCAGGUGAAGCCAGACUGUGGUAUCAUUGAAUCAUUAACACUGAAGAAUUUCAUGUGCCAUUCAUUGCUUGGUCCAUUCAAAUUUGGACCCAAUUUAAAUUUUAUCACCGGUAAUAAUGGCAGUGGUAAGAGUGCUGUUCUUACAGCACUUAUCGUGGGGCUGGGAGGCAAAGCGCUCCUCACUAGCAGAGGCUCCUCCAUGAAAACCUUCAUAAAGCAUGGACAGAGUUCUGCAGACAUCUCCAUAACACUGCGAAAUGUUGGGGAUGACCCGUAUAAGCAUGACCAGUAUGGAGACUCCAUCAUCAUUGACAAUCACAUAAGUUGUGACGGACAGCGGUACAAACUGAAGAGCAAAUCUGGAAGAAUUGUGAGCACAAAAAAAGAAGAUCUUAACACUAUUUUGGAUCAUUUCAAUAUUCAGGUGGAUAAUCCUGUUUCCAUACUCAACCAAGAAAUGAGCAAGCAGUUUCUUCAUUCAAAGGAUGAACAUGAUAAGUACAAGUUUUUCAUGAAGGCCACUCAUUUGGAGCAGAUGCAAAAUGACUAUCAGCAGAUCAUGGAAACGAAGAAAAUCACCGAAGAAAAACUGUGUCGGCAGGAAGGCAGCUUACGUGACCUAUCAAAGGUGGUCAAGGAGAAGCAGAAGAAGUUUCAGAGAAUUGCCAACAUGCAGGAUCUCGAGCGUUACAUCAUGGAACUGCAGAAUCAACUUGCCUGGGCUGAGGUUCGGGACAAAGAGGUUACCCUGAAGACUCUGCAGGAUCAGCUGAGGGCGGAGGAGAAUCGAACCGUAAAAUUUGACCAGAAUGUGGAAGAACACCAGAAAAAGCUUCAAGCAGCCGAGUUGAAGUACAAAAGCUUUGAAGAUCAGCUAAAUCAGCUGAAAAACGAUCUUGAACUGUUCAUGGAGCAGAACGUGGAAGGCAAACGCAACCUGGAUGCAAAGAAGAGCGCUGUGAAAAUAAAGAAGGCAUUGGUGAACUCUUUGCAGAACCAGCUAAGGGUUAUUGAAAAGGAUUGUGACAAACUGGCCAAGCACAUCGAUGAGCUCAAAAACAGUACGGAGCAGCAGUUGACGGAAGCGGAGCGAGUGGAAAGGGCCUGGAGUGUGCUAUCACUCAAGGAGGAGCUGACAGACUUGAAGGCCCAGGAUGACACGCUGAUCCAGCAAAUCGAGCACUUUAAGCAGGCCAUCAACAAGCAGAAGGAGGACUCGUACAAGCUCCGACGAGAGCACCAGGACAUAAAGCGUAGCUUUGACGCUGCAGAAAAGCGACUGCAGCAGCUGGCCGCCAGUCGCACAGAGAACCUCAGUCGCUUCAACACGAAGUUCCCAGAGCUGCUACAGAAGAUCGAGAAUGCAUAUCAGGCUGGGAAGUUCCAUCAAAAGCCCAUUGGCCCCAUCGGUGCCUAUAUUAAGGCUCGAGACCCGGAGCUGGCACUGGCCUUGGAGAGCUGCCUCAAGGGGUUACUGUUGGCCUUCUGUUGCGGGCACUCAUCUGACGUGGUCAUUUUGGAGAAGCUCAUGCAAGGCCUUUUCCGGGGUUGGCGACCACAAAUCAUCUGCGUGAAAUUCCAAGACCAGCUCCAUGACAUCAGAGCCAGUGCUGUGAGGCAUCCCAUCUACCCUUCUGUGUUGGAGAGCCUGGAAAUAGAGAAACCAGUCGUGGCAAACAUCCUGAUAGACGAUCGUGGAAUCGAGUCCAUUCUACUCAUAAAGGAAAACGCCACCGCCCGCCAAGUGAUGCAAAGUGAAGUGCCACCCAAGAAUUGCCGGGAAGCCUUCACCAAGAACGGUGACCAUGUGUUCGCCAACCGAUACUACUCGUGCGCUUUUUUUCAUCCAAAAUACCUCCACGAAGACAUUGAAGAGGAGGUCAGGCAGCUUCAGACAGAGAAAGUGCACAGACAAGUGCAGCUCCAGAAUGCAUUGGAGAGUAUCAAGUUAAACCAGGAAGAGAACCGCAAAAAUGAGAGUCAGCUGACCAGUAAAGUUCAACAACAAAUGAUAAUUCAGGGAAAUAUCAAUAAACUCAAUUUGCAGAUCGUGCAAAUAGAAAACAUGGAAGAGCCUCCUCCCUUGGAUAUCAGUGCCUUGGAGGAGGAGAUGCGGGAGUAUUCUGAGCGCAAGGAGAGCGUGGAGGCAUCGCUGAAAGAGGCUUUGGUUCGGAACCAGGAGGCCACCUCCGAGCUGCAGACCGCGACCAGUGCCUACAAAGACAUCAGAGACAAAAUGGAUGCAAUGAGGGACAAGGCUGGACCCAUAAAGCAUAAUUUGACUCCAGCCAGCAAUGAUGUGGAAGAGCACAGUCACAACCUAAGGCACUACGAGGGCAAGCGCAUGGAGCACCUGAGGAAGAUUGCAGAAAAGAAGGCAGAACUGGACAAAGUUGAGAAAACCAUUACUGAGGUCGUGGAGAUGGCACAGAGGAUUUGCCCGCAACGUGUGAAAGUGACGAAAACCACAAAAGCCAUCGUCCUGGAGUUGAAGACCAAGCAGGACAUGGUUAAUCAGGAGCUGGAUGUGAUUGAAGACGCUGAGGCCGUCACUCAGGAGUACCACGAUGCUGUUAAAAAAUAUGAAAAUUCCAAAAAGCAGUUGAAGACAAUUCGGUAUUUUGUUAAUAUCUUAGAUAAAAUUAUGGAUGAGAGACAACAUAACUACAGUCAGUUCAUGAGAUAUAUUUCGUGCCGGUGUAAGUACAACUUUGACAUGAUGCUCGCCAAGUUGAUGUACCGGGGGAAGAUGACGUUCGACCAUGAGAAAAAGACGUUGCAAAUCACGGUGCAAACGUCGCGAGACGACGGAGACGCAGCUGCAGAUGACAUGCGCUUGCUGUCCGGCGGGGAGAGGUCCUUCUCUACCGUGUGCUUCCUCCUCUCACUCUGGAAUGCCAUGGAGUCACCCUUUCGCUGCCUCGACGAGUUCGACGUGUUUAUGGACAUGGUGAACAGGCGCGUAUCCAUGGACAUGAUGCUGAAAGUCGCCAAAACCCAGCAGUACCGCCAGUUCAUCUUCCUCACCCCACAGAAAAUGAGCAGCCUACCAGUGAACCGGCUCGUAAAGAUCCUCAAGCUGGACGACCCCCUGCGGGGCCAGACAACCCUGCCAUUCAAAGCUGCGCAUCAGGCGAGUGACGAAAUAGAGCACAGAUGACGAGAGCUGAAUGUAGCGCACGUGCCAGCGUCACACACUGGGGCUGCCUGGUGACAGUGACUGAAGUGAUGAUGCUCAUGCAUAGCCAUCACCAGCGGAGAAUCAACAUCAAAAUGUUAAUUCUAGGUUUGAAGUUUUCGUGACUCCAAGAAUUCAUACUCUUUGGCUUUUUUUCGGUAAAGUCACGUAGGUAAAAAAUCUAAUGAAAUAAAUUAAAUCACGUUUCGGAGGCAACACAAGCUGUGACGGUUCCACCUGAAGACGGAAGCUUGUGUUGCCUCCGAAACCUCGUGAUUUAUUUAAAAAUGUACCUACGUGACUUUACCGAAAAAACCAGAGUACACAUCAAAAUGUGUUGUGCACACAACUGACUGUAUGGAACAUCCGUGUGCAAGACUUCCUUAAGACACUUGUAAUUUUUGAGCUUGUUUUUGUGUAGAAGACCCUGCACUAGGCCAUUGCAUUGCUGUUAUUUUUCCAGUUUAAGAAUGUUCGCUUCAUGGCCAGGCAAGUGUUACCACGGCAAAGCAACUUUUUACGAAAAUGGCAAAGAAGAUGUACCACAUGUUUGCCACUUGAGUGGUGACGAUGCAUAGUUACCUGGAGCUUCAAAUGAUUGUAAAGUGCAUCUCAGGUAGCGACUGGCCACAAAUGUGUUAGACUCAAUUAAAAUUGCAGUCCCUGGAUUAAACGCGUUUAGCAAAAUGAGAUGGUAGGCGUAGUGUAGUUGUAAGUGUACAGACAUGUGUAAUCGACAAGCUUGACAGUUGGCCCUUGGGAAAUGUCUGUCUCGUCAAGAAGUAUAAAUGAAACAAAAAAAAUACUUUUAACUACAAACAUUUUUUUCGAUAUUUGCAGUGCUUUCUGAAAGCAUAAUUUUUUACAUUUAUUUAUGUGCUCAAGAAGGACAUGCUUAAACAUUUUAAAUACGAAUUGGUUUAUAAACUAUUUUUAUAAUAAGAAAUGUAUAUCUAACUGGUUUGCUACAUUUUUACUAGCAUUUUUUAUUUUCACAAUGUACAAAGCAAAAAGUAUUUCCUGGUAUAAAAAAAAGCUUUGCUGGUUGGUGCACAGCGCAGGUAAGGGGGUGGUGGCGGCGGCGAUGUCACCCUCGUGUCAGUGUCACUUGUGCUUGUUGAGGUCACACCACCCCCCACCCACCCUUCACCUCUACAGCAAUGGUUGUACAUUACUAAAUCCGAAAAAUGUCAAUUGUAAAAAUAACACAAAUUCUAAUCCAUUCUGCAGAGGUUUAUUACCUGCGAUUAUGUUAUGGUCACUGGAGAGUUUCUGCCAGCUAUGAUCCAGCAUCUUUCAUUUGACGGACUUUCUUGGAGGGACAUAAACAUACCAAAUUGCACUCAAAGCUUGCAACUUCGUUUGCAAAGCAAUGCAGAUUAAUUAAGCACACCACAACUGUCUGCACCUAUAAACAAAGUCCCAUUAGCCAGACCAAUAUCCAAAACGGUACUGUAUUGGUAUGUGUUAUUUGUGCACAAUCGUAUGCUUGUUUGUGUUUACCCACAAUUCUGCACAACGGACGAGUUUACCGUGUCCUGCUUUUAUUGUACCGUAUGGCUACUACAGUUCGUGCAUCCACGAUCGGCUUGUGUUCUGGUCUUUAUCUUCCUUUUUAUUGAUUAAACUUGUUUACACUAAAGAACA